UUUGAGAACGCAUUAACAGCCAAUCUUGCUGCCCAUCUCGCGGUGAUGGAUCGGGAUCUUUGCGGAUUUCGACGAAACUUCACAACAAGCCUCAUCACAACCUGAAGGUGAUCGACUUGUUGUAUUGUACAGUACCUUACAGAAGUGUACCUAGAUGCUGUGUAAAUAACCGUAUGAAAUACAUGAUCUGAUCUUAUCGGCAGAUGUGGGGUCCAAUUGAAGCUCGAUAACUUUUUUCUGAACAAGCUCCCGAUAAGCCAUCGUCGAAUGCAUCUCGGGUUGACAGAGCCUUGGAACCAAACCAAAGUACCUAAUCACGGCCACCGAUUGAACCCUUCAAGAUGCGCGCCCUAACAGAUCAAGAAAUGAAGACCGUGUUGGACAAGCUGGCCAACUACAUGUCGGACCUGAAAAGCCUGAUCGCGCCGCUCGAGGACGGCGACCGCUACGUGUUCCGGCUGAACCACUCGCGCGUCUACUACGUCAAGCUGUCCAUCGCCAACCUGGCCACCAGCAUCAGCCGCGACGCCCUGCUCAGCCUGGGCACGUGCCUGGGCAAGAUGACCAAGACGGGCAAGUUCCGCCUGCACAUCACGGCCCUGCCCAUCCUCGCGCAGGGCGCGCGGCACAAGAUCUGGGUCAAGGAUAACGGCGCGCAGCCCUUUCUUUAUGGCUCCAAUGUGGUGAAAGCGCAUGUUGGGCGCUGGUCGGAGGACUGUCCUGAGCACUCGGGCUGUGUGGUCUACAGCAUGGCGGAUAUUCCCCUUGGGUUUGGCGUUACGGCAAGGAGUACGGCUGAAGCGCGACGCCUGGAUCCUACAGGGAUCGUGUGCUUCCGGCAAGCAGAUUGCGGGGAGUAUCUGCGCGAUGAGGACACGCUUUUUGCUGGGUAAUAAGGGGCAAGAGAGGUGAAAGCAUAGGGAAAAGUUAUGAAGGGAUUGGGUAGGCGUUUUGGCGUUCAAGAGGGUGUUCAUCAAGAGGCAUAAUGAAACGAUUCUCCAUCUUCAAACCCUGGCGGUGCAGUACAGACGAUACCCCCCAACGAAGCGAAAUCCUUUUUAUCUUGCCUUCCCGCUAACGCCGGCAUAUCUAUCACGUAUUCAAAGCAAUGUCUUCUCCCGCAAAUCUCCCAGCACGAAACCCC